GUCCAUUCUCAUACAUCUUACUCAAGAUGGAAGACAUAGGCCCAUACCUCGACUAUGAUGGUGAGGACUACGAAUGUCUCCUCUGCAACAGAUAUUUCGCGUCCAUAGCUUCUCUCUAUCAACACUGCAAGGACACAACCUACCACGAAUGGUGUGAUCCCUGUCGUCGUGUCUUCAUCUCUCUCGACGCAAAGAGAGCUCAUCUUCGCUCUGGCUGUACUUCUCGAGGUCGGCUUUAUACUCCUCCACCCAGCCCUCCUCUCUCGGCCAGCAAUCCCGGUCCGGCACAUGGUCAUCAGGUGAAGGCGGCUCAUGGCUGCAGUGAUUGUGAGGAAGAGUUUACCAACGAUAGCAACCUGCGAGUGCACAAAAAGACCCACGAGCCCCAAGACCUCCCCUGCUACAGCCGAGACUGCGACCGCACCUUCAAGAAGCUUUCCUCGAUGCUUAUACACCUGGAAUCAGGUUACUGCGACUCCGGCAUGGACGAAGAAGAGAUUGAAGAGAUCGUUGGCGCUUCCUACCUCGCCGACCAAUUUCUGGAUGAAGACGGUUAUUUCUGCCCUGAGUGUGAGAAGGAAUUUGAUACCUUUUCUGGAGCUUACCAGCACGCGGAGGAUACAACAUCUUGCUCAUAUCUUCUUUCCUAUCCCCAUUGUCUCGCCAGGAUGAGCAACCAAAUCAGAAACAGGGUCCACUAGCGUUGCGAUGCUUUGUUGAGGGUGUUCCACGGAUCUGUUAGGAGUACGGAGUAGAUUACUAUCAUUUCUUUCUUGUUAUAAGUCCCUCAAAUUGUCAUCAUGAAUAGCUUCUAAUAUGUAGUUUUAUUUGUUCUCUGAGAUAGUCCGAUAGCUGAAUCGAUCACAUGUCUUGGUUU